UGGACUCAGUCAAUGCGAAUCGAGAAUAACAGUUUCACGUCGAUCUCUGCGCGAAAGACUUUAUAAGGAUACACCACAGAGUUACAGGAUUGAAGACGUUUGGAAAAUCUCAUCAAGUAGGCUUUGGAGGUUUCACCAUGAGGAUGGUUCACGUUGCUCUGCUGUACUGCUGUUUUGUCUAUUCAGCCUAUGCCAAUGCGGAUGCCAAAUUGGAUGUAGCUUCGGCAUUUAAAAAAAGGUUGAACGCUUGGGCUUUAAGCCGAGCAAAGAGGGAUCUGAAAGCUUCCAAACUGAAGAGUCAGGGUCUGAUAGGAAACAGCCAGCAAGAGUUCGUGAGGACAGAAGACGUUAAGGAAAACUUAAACCUUCAGUCCAGCAGCUCAGACGCGCACAUCCGCGUCAAGCGCUACCGGCACGGCUUGCCGCAUUUCCCCCAGCUCCACCUGAACCGGCCAAGCUGCCAACUUGGGACGUGCCAGGUCCAG